AUGGAGCUCGUCAAAUAUGCCACGGAGGCCGAUGGCCCAGGACUUGCUAAAGUCAACGUCCAAAGCUUUCAAGGCCGCCGUCUCCUCGAAGAACUGUUCCCAGAGGCCAGCCUGACCAGAAUGCAGGAAUACAAAAUAAUUGUGGGAAUGAAACAUCUUGCCAACCCCAAUAUGCACGUCCUCAAGAUCCAUGAUCCAGUCAGUGGGGACCUAGCGACCUACAGUCGUUGGCAGUUUCCAGCAUCAUUUGGUCAGAGCCUAGUUACCCUAAGUGAAAGGGCGGCCUUUUUGGCCAAGGAUCCCAUUCCACAUGCACCCCAGCCAAUGAAUCAGGAGCUUUUUAAUACCUUCAAAAAGCUCCUAGAGGAUGCUCGCAGGCGACACACCACAGAGAAAGAUAUCAUCCUCGAUCUGCUGGCAACUCUGCCGGAAUAUCAAGGGCGAGGUUUUGGUUCUGCUAUCUUGAAAUGGGGCACGGAAAAGGCGGAUUCCUCCCAGUCGCGCAUCUUCAUCGAGGCGACACCGGAAGGUGUUCCCAUCUACAUCAAGCACGGAUGGAAGAUAUUGGAGGAGGUGGUUUUAGAUUUUACACCAUUUGGUAAUGCUGGGCAAGAGUCAUUUUUCCUGAUGAUGAGGGAUCCAGUUUUACAAGGCUCGUAUGAAUCUGAUGAAUAA